GUUACCACAGCCACGAAGUUAUUAAUCCCGCCUAUUUCUACAAUUUAUCUUCUUAAAAUCUGAUUUGGAACAUUACUCAAUCCACACUGCUAAUCGUAUGCCUAACCCUGAAUUAAUACCAAAACGCACAUUUUUGAUUUUAUGAAUUUUCUACAAUACAGCCAAUUUUGGACAUUGUGGCUGUGGUAACUAGUGGAAAACUAGUUUCCGUCGUUCAUCCAACGAGUUAGCAAACCAGCAUUAGCAUCUCAAUAAUUCCUCGGUCAACCUGAGUAAAUACAGACUCGUUGGAGAAUUGGCCAGUGUUGGACUCCCUGGCAAUAUGACGCUAUUUCAUUUCGGAAAUUGCUUGGCCUUGGCUUAUUUCCCCUACUUUAUCACCUACAAAUGCAGUGGACUAUCAGAAUACAAUGCAUUCUGGAGAUGUGUUCAAGCAGGAGCUACCUACCUAUUUGUGCAGCUAUGCAAGAUGCUAUUUCUAGCCACAUUCUUCCCCACAUGGGAGGGAGGAGCUGGUGUGUAUGACUUUGUUGGUGAAUUUAUGAAGGCCACGGUGGACCUAGCUGACCUUCUGGGCCUGCAUCUGGUCAUGUCCAGAAAUGCAGGGAAGGGAGAGUACAAGAUCAUGGUGGCAGCGAUGGGAUGGGCUACAGCAGAGCUUGUUAUGUCAAGGUGUAUACCUCUAUGGGUGGGUGCCAGAGGCAUUGAGUUUGACUGGAAGUACAUACAGAUGAGCUUCGACUCCAACAUCAGCCUGGUGCACUAUAUUGCCAUGGCAGCAGUGGUGUGGAUGUUCACGCGGUACGACCUCCCGAAGAGCUUCCGUCUGCCUGUGACUGUACUGCUAGGGCUGUGUGUAUACAAGGCCUUCCUCAUGGAGUUGUUUGUCCACGUGUUCCUGCUGGGGAGCUGGACAGCCCUCCUGGUGAAGGCGGUGCUCACUGGAUCCAUCUCCCUCUGUUCUCUCUUCCUCUUCGUCACACUGGUGCACAGCAACUGAGACUGGCUGCGACCCCAAACAAAGAGGGUCUUUAACACACACACACAGGGCCUUUCAACCAGACUUUGCCUGCAAAGAUACAUUUUGUAUCACUCAGAAAGAGGGCAGGAAUGUGAGCAUUCAUGAUUUGACUUUUUUUAAUGUUAUGAUACUACUUUUUUAUGUAUGAUUUAUUAUUGUGCUGAAUUAGUACAGUAGAUUGAGUAUUUAUAACAAGUGGAUGAAAGUGGAUGCCUCUUAAGCGUUGUAGUACAGUUACUAAACUACUUUGACAUCUAAGCUGAUGGUACAAUACUGUUGUUACUCUGUGUGCUCACCUGCAUUACUGCAGAUAUGAAGAAGAUUAAUUUAAUCUCAUUCGACAUGAUGAAAUACAAAUGUUGGUGCGCUUAUCACGACUGAAGCAGCAUAAUGGCGUACUUAUGUUGUCGUAAGAUUACAUAAAACAUGGUAGCAGUGGGUUAUCCUACUCUAUGGAAACUUAGUGAGGUGUGAGUGAAUGGCCAAUAAAUGACUUAAUAUGCUA